AUGUAUUGGUAUAAUUGUACUGCAGAAUCAAACAGAACCAGGUGUGGUGAUACUCAAGUAGGGAGUAGUCCGAAUGACAUCAAUGUCGUGGAGGAGUAUCUGGACGACGAGCAGACGUUGUAUGCUUUGCGCGUGCUGAUGUUUGGCGUCACGCCGGCCAUUUCUGUUUUUGGCAUCACUGGAAAUGUCUUCAGCAUGUUGGUGUUGAGCAGACACGGCUUGAAGAAGAGUUCAAACAUUUUGUUGUUCUCUUUGGCCAUUAGUGACCUCACUUUCCUCAUUGGCUUCAACAGCGUUCCGAAACUGCUGUACGAAGUUUCCGGGAACGCUGAAGGGUUCCGUUACAGCGAAGGCGUCUCAUACACCCUGUACAUCCUGCACCACGUGUUCCACAACAUGGACUACGCCUGCGGGGGUAUUUCCCUCACUCUGCCAAUGCUGAUCACAUUUGAAAGGCUUGUGGCUGUGUUUCUACCAUUGAAGUUUCAUCAGAUCGUUACUCCUGUCAGGACUUGGUGCGCUGUAAGCACAAUAAGCACGUUCUGGUGGGUCUUCUUCAUUCACACAUCCAUGUACGCGGAUUUCAGCUAUGGCUUCAGCGACCGUUUAAACCAGAGCGUAGGUCUAAUUGUUAGGUCCUCAUACCAUUACCACAACACCAACACCGUCGCCAUACUGGAGGAAACCAUGUCAUACCUUAUGAUGAAAAUACCGCCAGGCGUCACUCUCGUCGGCUGCAUCGCCAUCGGGGUCAAAGUUAAAAUGGCGUCGGCCAAGCGCAGAAAGAUGUCGUCCACGUCCGGCGAAUCGUCCAGGCGCACCACAAAAAUGUUGCUGGCCGUCUGCACUGUGUACACGGUCACCUGCGGCCUUUUGUCACUUCCGACGUUCAUUCCGCAGUAUAUGGCGUACACCAUGACCUCGGACGCUCCGUCUAACCUUGGCAAGGUCAUGUAUCAGGUGAUCAAUAUAAUCGUCUGCAUCAACAGCUCGUACAACUUUAUCAUUUACGUGGCAAUGAACAAAAACUUUAGGGACACUUACAAGUCACUGUUUGUCGGCUGCUGCUUUCAGCAAAGGAACAAGAGGACCAACCAGGAACAAAGUAAAUAA